UGCCGCCCCCGCCGGCUCGCCUUUACAUGCCAUGCCGUGAACCCGCAGCGAUCCGUCGCCCCUUCGUCUCCCGCACGACACAGAGCUAGCCACUAGGCAGGCGGGCGGGCGGCCAUGAGCGCAAAGGACAACCAUAAGCAGCAGCAGCAGCGUGCCGUGGCGCGGAUGGUGGCGGCGGCCAUGUCGACUCCGUGCUCCAUCAAGCCCCUGCUCGUCGCCAUCCCCCUCGCCCUCGGCUUCGCGCUCGGCAUCGUGGCGACCCUGUCCCUGAUGGGCUCCACGGCGUCGUCGGCUCUACCAGGUGCCGCCCUCGAGCUCUUCUUCCCGUCGCCCCCCGUCAACGUGUCCACCGAGGUGCGCCGCCGGCAGCCACCGCGGCCGGCGCAAGUGCACCCACAGGCGGCACCGGCCGUCUCGCCGCCGGUGGCUCAUGCAGGCAUUAGAAGGCAUGCGGGUCCGCCGCCAGUACAACGACGACAGGCGGCACCAGCAACCGGUGUCUCGUCUCCGCCGUCGCCGCCGGUGGUUGAUGCCGGCAGUGCCAACAAGCGUGCGGCUAUGCCUGUGAAUGUGACCACUACUAAUGAGGGUGGCGAGCGGGCGGUGGUCGACGACGACGACCGGCUGAUGGCGCUGGCGGCGGCGGCGCCGAGGACGGUGCGCGCGGCGGCGGGGUGCGCGCCCAAGGUGGCGUUCCUGUUCCUGGCCAAGUGGGACCUGCCGAUGGCGCCGCUGUGGGAGCGCUUCUUCGAGGGCCACCGCGGGCUAUACUCCGUCUACGUCCACACCGACCCGGCCUUCAACGCCUCCGCCGCCGCCGCCCCGGACAGCGGCUCCGCCUUACACCGCCGACACAUUCCCAGCAAGGAGGUAAAAUGGGGCCACAUAAGCAUGGUGGAAGCCGAACGACGUCUCUUGGCGCAUGCACUGUUGGACCACUCCAACGCCCGCUUCAUCCUCCUAUCAGAGUCACACGUCCCACUCUUCGACUUCCCCACCGUCUACUCCUACCUCAUCAACUCCACCAAGGUGUACAUGGAGUCCUAUGAUGAGCUGGGCGGGACGGGCCGGGGCCGAUACAAGCGUGGCAUGGCACCCACUAUCAUCCCUUGGCAGUGGCGCAAGGGCUCACAGUGGUUCGAGAUGGACCGUGCCCUUGCCGUCGACGUCGUUGCUGACGACGUCUACUUCCCGGUCUUCAAAAAGUUUUGCAAGCGCAAUUGCUACGCCGACGAGCACUACCUUCCGACGUUCCUCCACAUCCGGCACCCUGAGGCGGCCGCCGGACGAACCGUGACGUGGGUUGACUGGUCCCAUGGCGGCCCCCACCCGUCGAGGUUCACGAGGAUGGAGGUCACGGUGGAUUUCCUGCAGUGGCUUAGGGGCGGGACGACAUGUGAGUACAAUGGGAGGACCACCACCGUCUGCUUCUUGUUCGCGAGGAAGUUCCUGCCCAACUCGCUCACCCGCUUCUUGAGAUUCGCACCGAAGGUGAUGGGCUUUGGCUGAAGGAUCGAUGCAUAUACGGGAUUAGACAAAGAACAAUUCAACUUUUAAAUUCUAAGUAGGAUACAUUAUCACACAAUUCUUUGACUAAUGUUCACGUUUCUGUAAAGCAGCUCUCUAUACUAUGUAUACUUAAGGAUAUACGUUCAUUUUCUCUAAUCCGUCCUUUUAGAAUUCAUUUUGUAAUAGCCAAUGUACAUAACCGUCUCCAUGAAUUUGGGCCCUCGGGCAAAAUGUAAAGUGGG